UCACCCACCCGGGGGGGUGCGCGCAAGGCAUGCUGGGAAAUUGCACCCGCCUUGCUCCGGCAGCCUCGCUAGACGCAUGCGCGAGCGUGGAUUGAAGGAAAGUGGAGGGGGAUAAGCGAGAGGAUGGAAGGGAGAGGCUCGGGUGCUCUCCAGUGCCUCUGUCUGCAAGCAAAUGUUUGGCUACUUGCACUGUAGGAAGCAGAGCCAACAGGAAUUCUAGUCUCUCAUGACUUCACCUGUGGGGGGAAAACAGGCCAUACUCCCAUCCUUAAAACUUGUGUGACUGGUUCAGAGAUGUAUAUUUUGACCAUCAAACCUCAGAAGGAUCUUUAGAGCAGAUCACGGAACAUGAUCAAGUUUUUCCUUAUGGUGAACAAGCAAGGCCAAACAAGGCUCUCUCGUUACUAUGAAUAUAUGGACCUUCAUAAGCGAACAAUACUGGAAGCUGAAGUAAUCAAGCAUUGCCUUUCCCGGUCUAAGGAGCAAUGUUCCUUCAUUGAAUACAAAGAUUUUAAGCUGGUUUAUCGGCAGUAUGCUGCUCUUUUCAUAGUGGUUGGGAUUAAUGAAACUGAGAAUGAAAUGGCUGUAUAUGAAUUGAUACAUAAUUUUGUGGAGGUUUUGGAUAAGUAUUUCAGCAGAGUGCAACCACGUGCAGCUCCAGACAGCACUCUCUGCUCAGCAUGUUUUUGCUCAAGCGGAACCCUAUCUCUCUGCAUGCAGAAUCCAGAUCAGAGUGUAAAUAUUUGGCCUACAUUAAAUGUGAGAAAUAAUUAAAAAGUGAGAGGAUAAGUUAACCUCAUUCCACAUGUAUUGAAUUCUAGUUUAAUAGUCUCCUUGAAAAUAAAGAGGAAUCUGAGCAGAAGCUGAAAGACAGAUUGAUAUCUUGCUCCUAAUUUUGUCAGUGUUUCCUUUGGGAUAUGCAGGAGGGUCUGAAAUCUGAAUAUAAGCUCUGCAAAUGCCAUUAGAUAAAUAUAGCGCUUGCAAAGAAUGUUUGAAACUCACAAACCUAAAAAUACUGAGAUGACAAAACGUCUCUCUAGUAAAGGACAGAUGUUCUUUUCUUUCCCACAGUUUGUUCCCUCCUCCUCCUCCUCUUCCAUUAUAAUAAUAGUUUAGGGCACUGCCAAAAAUCUCCAAAUAUGAUAUGUUAAUUUAGCACAGAAACGUAUAGCUUCCAUUUUUUGUGGUUUCUACCAGAAAAUCUCUUGGGAAUUAAUUAACAGUCCAAUUUGUCAGUAUUAGCUUGUUUAUUCUAUGAGUCACAUGCUCAUGGAAUGCAAC